CGGCGUAUAGCGCGAAUUUCAAAGCCGAUCAAAGCAGACGACCAAAAGUUCAAACGGCUGUUGCGAAAAGCUACUUCACUUUACGGAACGUCUACAUUCGUCGCUAGCAAAAACAGGUUUAUUUUCUACAUUCCUUGGUAACGAGAUGAACAAGAGUAAGCCGUCGAAGUUGAGCAGAAGGCUCACCAUGCAGAAACUACCUAUUAAUGUUCUUUCUUUGACAAGCAGUGCAAAACGCGUUUGCAGCGACGACGAGAAUAAGGAGCCUUCGGUCGGUGGCAGCUCGGGUGCCGCCUGCAACAAGCGAGCGUAUUCUGACGACGAUGAUUCUCCCGUUGAGCCCGGUCAGCAAACUUCUCUUCAGUCGGCAAUGGCGGGAGAAAUGUCCAAGAUUCUCGACAGUUUUGGCAACGACGUUGCCAAAUCGCUGCGUGCCAAGAAACGACGACUUUGGCAACACCUGCGUACAUCAACGAAAAAUAUCACAAAUAAGAUGUCGGACUUGGAUGAAUCCUUGCUAGCCGAACGGCGCAGCGUUGUCGAAGAGUUUGAGAAACAAGUUACCGACAUCACCGAACAAAUCGAAGACGACAUCCAAAAAGUGAAGGAGUCGGAAGAAAAGAUUACGAAAGCUCUUGUGCAAUACCAGAAGCAGCACCAGCAGUUCAUAGAAUGCAGUAUCAACAAGUUCAGGUCUUUGAAGUCACUCUGGACUAACUACUUUGACGCAACUAAAAAGAUGGAUGCCAAGCAGACAGCUCAACAGCAGAAGCUCAACUCGGAAGUCAAGGACGAAAUCCUCGGCCUCCAGGAGAAGAUUCUCACCGACGCUCAAGAGUAUGAGAUAGUCAAGAUGCGCAGCAACCUGCAGAGCAUCCUGAUGUAGCGCAUUUCCACAUUCUCUACAAGUCUAGAGGAAAAUCGGACAGUAACAUGUUAUUCAUUUCUGAUGCCGCAUAUAGCCCAACUUUGUUGUUUCGACUUUUUUUGAAGCCGGGUAUUACUUUCGGUUGAAAAGACGUUGCAGUGGCAUUGCAGGAAAAGCAUCGGGCAGUAGGUACCACUGUUGCCAGUGCAACUAACUAAAGGCAAGCGUGCCACCCACUUCUUCGAAGACAAUGAAUGUGCUAGCAACCUUGCUUGCCUCUUCAAUAUCUGUACUCGCUGAAAUAAAGGAAUCAAUGUU